UAUUUUUCUAGACGCAGCUGACGAUGUAAACAAGAAAAGGCAGUCGAGGGCAAGAGAGAUCAAAUUGUCCAUUGUCACCGCAAAUGGUAGCCAUUACCUUGCCAUAAAAGGCGGACAUGGGGCUCCCUGUGACUAUUAAAGUAAAUUUCCGGGGGAAUGUGAAAAGAUUCCUGGCUCAAGAUUUGGAUAAAUUGGAGUGGGAAUCGGUGGAAGCCUGGAUUAAAGCAUCAUUCGGGAUCAAUCACUUCCAAGUGAAAUACUUUGAUGAGGACAACGAGGAGAUUUGCAUAAACACUCAAGAGGAAUAUGAAGAAGCCAUCAAGAGUGCAGAAAAGCAGGGGAACCAGUUGCAUAUGAAUGUUUACAAGAUGAAGGGCCAGGCCUGUGGCGGCCCGCUGAAGACAGAGGUGAAGGAGCUGAAGGGCGACCUGCGACCCGCUCCUCCGUACCCCUCCAGAGUCAAGACGGUGGACAAAGGCACACAGGUCACCCCCGAGAGAGAAGCUGUCACUGUAAAGGACAACAAGGGGAACAAACCAGAAGAUGAGCCCCCUCCUGUUUGGUUCAGAUCGUACAUGGAGAAGUUCAAAGAUGAGGUGGUGAAAGAGGUCGUGGAAAGGAUGUGCAAUGACUUUUCCGGCCAGUGUUGCACCCAUAAAUCCUCUGAUGGCCCCCCUGAGGCCCCUGGGGCUGGUGGUGGUGCCAUGGGACCCAGACCUGGCCCCUCCACCUCUAAUGGGUCCCUUGGCUACACCCCGAACUGCAGCAGCUGCAACAAACUCACCUCUGAAGGGGCCUACAAAUGCAGUGUGUGCCCAUCCUGCAUCCUGUGUGAGAUGUGCAGGCACAGCCAUGAUCCCAGCCACAACCUCGUGAGAACCAAGACACCUCUCUCCAUCCCCGAGCAUGGAAUGUCUGGAGAAUUAAGGUUCCCAAGGCGAGGAGACAGGACAGUGCGCAAGGCUGAGCGACAGCGCCUCAAAGCUGAAAGGAGGCAGCUGAGAGCCGAAGUUAAGGAAAUCAAGAAAAAACUGAGACUAGAGAAGAGGGGGCUGCAAUGGAGCGGGCCCUCUACCUCAGGCAGAGCCAACCUGACAAACAUGGCCUCUGCCUCCACCCAGGUCCCAGCCCUGCCCCCCGCUGCUGCCUCAGAAACAGCCUCAGGUCCAGCCCCAGCCCAAGGUCCCAUCCCUGCCCCGGUCCCUGACCCCCAGGCCUCCAGUCCAGAGGGUCCCGGGGUCUCGCACACCUCCUUGGUGCCCACUAUGGCUGCCUUGUUUCUGGAUGAAAAUCUGCCCGACGGCACCCGUCUGGAGCCUGGUACCAAGUUCAUCAAAUACUGGAAGAUGAGGAACUCGGGCACUAUCAGCUGGACCUCAGAGACUAAGCUGAAGUUCAUGUGGGGCAACCUCGGCCUGGCGUCGGAAGAGAAGAGGGAGGUGCCGGUCCCCCUGCUGCAGCCUGGGCAAGUGGGCGUGGUCAGUGUGGCGUUUGUGGCCCCGGUGAUGGAGGGGACGUACACCUCCCACUGGCGGCUGGCACACUGCGGGGUUCAGUUCGGCCCGCGUGUCUGGUGCAGCAUUGUGGUCGACCCCGGCAACACAUUUGGUCAUCAGAGCAAAAGACUGAAGGAGGAGGUGAGGCCAGUGGAAAAAGAGAAGGAGGACAGGUGCAGGGACAGUGGCACUGGCAUGUCUGUUGACCUCAUCCACAACGACUACUACUUCCCCUCAGUAGACCUGCUCACUGCACAGGAUCUGCUGUCAUUUGAGUUGCUGGAUAUAAACAUUGUGCAAGAGUUGGAGAAGGUUCCCAACAACACUCCAGUUGAUUUGACACCCUGCAUGUCCCCCCUGCCCCAUGAUGCACCAGUGUUGGAGAAGGCUGGCACUUCACAGAUAAAGCAAGACACAGAGCUCAAAGGGGUCAGAAAGCUUUUUGGAGUGAAACCGAGACACCAGAAGGAGCCGCUGGAGCCUGCAACACAUGAGGAGGAGAGGGAAGAGGAGAUCAGUGGAGCCCAGUUCCUGUGUGAGACCGUCAUCCGCUCCCUCACCUUGGAGGAGGCGCCCGACCACAAGCCCCUGCGCAGGGCCCUGCUCAGCAGCCACAAGCCACAAGUAUUUUCCACUGUUUCCCGGGGAUCUGGCUUUUGCUUUGAGAGAACAGAGGAGGUUGAGAAGACAGGGAGAUUUCAAGGCGCAAACGUGGAGCUCAGUGCAAUGAGAAAUGAGCGUUUUGGUCCACCUGCCUAUCCAGGCCUCAGCCAGAUCACCCAGCAGGAGGAGACAAGCCCAGAAAUUCUUCUGGUGGUUCCAGGGAAUGAAAACCCGCAUAUCAGCCCUCACAACGUAAACGAGGAGGAGGAGGUGGUAGUUUUAGCUGAGACUGAAGAGAUAAACAAUGCUAAAGAUGAGAAAGAAGACGGUGAAACCAGAGGAGAAGAAGACUGGGAUGAGGUGAGCAGCCAGGCCUCCUCAGUCUCCUCCUGCGAUGAUUACAUCAUCGUCCUCCCAGACUGCUUCGACACCAGCCGGCCACUGGGGGAGUCCAUGUACAGCUCUACCAUGUCGCAACCUGGCACCAAUCUAACCCAAGCCGGUCAGAAAGUACAAGACAAGGAGGAGUCGCACUCCGAGCUGGGCACAGCAGCUCCAGCGAGAGAGAGUUGGGCAGAGGAGGCCGCUGUCGAAGUGGUUUCCUCGGUGACCACCUGGCCUCCUCCUGUCCAUCCCACCCACAGCAGCGUGAACCAAAUGCUGUGUACCUCCCAAACCCUGGAUGCUGUCAUCCUCACCCCUGAAGUGGUGCCAGCACGCCCGCCCCUUGACCCCCUGGUGCCUCCACCUGCCCUCUACUCACCCAGGUCUGAGGCACUGUACCUGGCUGAGGACCCCAGUCCUCCUACCUGUGAACCAUAUGAACCACACCAACCAGGGGUCCACCUUAAUAUAUCAUCUGGUCUGUCCAGAUCAGCGGGCUCAGCAUCCAGUGCCUUUGAGACAUACAACCCCAGACCCAGCAAUUCUCUGCAGCCAAGGGGCCAAGGAGGCAUCACAGAGGGAAUCGUCAAGGGGGCUCUCUCUGUGGCGGCGUCUGCUUAUAAGGCUCUCUUCACUGGACCCAACUGUUCAGUUCAGCGAGGUGUCGUCCCAGCCAGCAGACAGGACCCUUCCAUGAUGGCGGUGCUGCUGGAGAUGGGCUUCAGAGACCAGCGGCUCAACCAGCGGCUGCUGAGGAAGCACGGCUACAGCCUGCUGCACACCGUCAACGAGCUGGUACAGAUGGCCGAGGACAGCCAGAACGAGGCCGCCGACACCCACCACUGAGGGGGGGAAGGCUGUGGGAACGCCACAUUAAGGCUACACGUGUGAGCUGGUAACUGGAAGGCAGUGAUGUGACUUGUGUAACCUUUCAUUGUCAUAAACAUGAUGUAAAGAGAGGAGAGUAUUUAGGUCCAAACCCUCAACUCUUUCCCUUUGUAGACAGUGUCCUUUUUUUUUUUUUUUUUUUUAAAUAAACUUUCAGUAAGGAGCACCUAUUUAUCAUUCAUGCAACUGACUGAUUUUAAAAUAGGUAGAUAGUUUUAGUUGGACCAAGUGUAAUGAGGCUUCUUCAAUGUGGGACAAUGUCACUUUAAGUAACAAAACUAAAAAAAAAAAAAAAAAAAAAAAAAGUACGAGGAGCAAUAUUUUUCCAGGACACUGUUGAUCAUAUGGAAAGGAGAGAGUGCUCGUGUGUUAACUCCUCCUCCUGUCCUCACCUUGAGCCUCAACCAACGUACAGGGGUUUGAUGAAAUCGCCCAAACACACACUUGUAUAUUUGAAUAGUCAUAUCAAGCUGGUAGUUUAACCUUCACCAUGCCUUCUCUACCUGGUCCAUAUAGCUUUAUGUGUUGGUCAAAAGGAGCAGGGUUUGUGGUUUUGAGUGGCUAACAGUGUGUGUUUCCCUCCUCAUCUUAGUCUUUGUAUGGAUUAUACGGCUUCUCAUCCCAGCUCUGAAAUAUAAAGUUAUCAUCGUCUUUUGACUUGCAGGGCUCAGCUAGUUUCUCUUCUCAAAUAGAACAGAGGAGAUUAACAUUGUUGAAUGUCAUCGAAAAGAAAGAAAAGAAAAGAAAAAAACGUUUUGAGAAGCCAAGUCUAUUUUAAGGUGAUGCUACUGGGGCUCUUGUGGAUUUUUUUGGUGGGGUGUCAAAGGUCAGUGUGUGCAGUAGGAGCGACAAACAUAAAUUUCAGACUUCUUUGAUUCUUUCUUGAUUUAUUGUAGUGAAUCUGCCUAAACAAUGCAAUCUUUUUCUGUAUCAGAGUACUGUUAUUUUAGACGUUGACAUGUGGAAUGUAUACAAACCUGUCCGAACGGAUCACUGUUUAGACACAGAUGUUUUCUACUGCUUUUUAGGAGACGCCUGCAUGACAGGUAGAGGCUUAGACCUGAGUCGUGUUUGUUUGUGUGGUCGUAGCAGAGUCACAGUGGGAAAACAAAACAAAAAAAAAAAUGUCUGCUUCGCAUCGUCAUUCACUCCCUGCCUGCAUCUUCAGACAGUGCGUUCUCAUUCCUCCACCUACCAAUACUUAGAAACAGUCACGUUCUGCUAUUUUACAGCACUAAUCUAAACCAAGACCUCUCUAUCAACACAUUCCUGAAACUCUUUAUUGAACCAAGUAUACUUUAUGGUGGUGUUUUUCUGAAUGAUGAUGAUCAGUAAUUUAUUUACUGAUGGACAUACAUUUGGUGAUUUCACAUUAUUUGUGGUGCGAGUGUAUAGACUUUAAUGAGUGUUGUACACCUGUUAUUUUGGAUUCCGUGUGUGUGUGUGUGUGUGUGUGUGUGUGUGUGUGUGUGUGUGUGUGUGUGUGUGUGAGAGGUUUCUUUGUUUGUUUUGCCUUUUAAAAGAAGUGAGAUUGGGGUUUUUGGAUCCGCAUCUUACGUUGAUGAUCAUUAGUUAUCCAUGUUUUGAAGGAUCAUGCUCUAGAGAAAAAUGCUGAAUAUAUCUACUGUGCUUAUUGAAAAAUCGAUCUACCAUCGAGUGUAUACAUUCAAUACCCUGCUACUGUCAAUCUGCCAAUAAACUAUUUGCACAGCA